AUUGCAAUAUUGACUGAGCAGUCAAAUGUUUAUGUUGAUAUUCGACAAAAAUGGCAGCAAAGAUAGGGGAUCCAAUAGGCGAAUCGUCGAAAAAGAACCCCCGGCCUGUAUUGAAAACUAAACUUGAGGGAUGCAGUGAUGUUGUAAAUCAAGCGAGAUUCAUUCCUCACGAAGAUGCCGUAAUAACAGUCUCCGAUGACAGAAGCAUUCGUGUAUGGGUCAAACGCGACAAUGGUCAGUACUGGCCAAGUAUAUGUCACAUGAUGUCAGAUUCAUGUAGUUCAUUAGAUUAUAAUAGUGAAACGAGAAGAACAUUUGUCGGCCAGGACAAUGGAACAAUUUCGGAAUUCACUAUUUCACGAGAUAUGAAUAGAUUGAGCCAUUGCAAAAAUUAUCCAGCUCACAUGGGACGUGUAACUGGAAUCUUCUUUAGUUUGGAUGAUGAAUGGGUUCUGAGUGUUGGUCGUGAUAAAUCAUUUCAAUGGCACGAAAGCAAAAAUGGAAAGAAAUACAGUGAAUAUCAAACACAGGCUUGGUGUACUUCUUUGGAUUUAAGAUUCGACGUUCAAACGAAGCACGUUUUCGUUGGUGAUUACAGUGGAUUGAUCAGCGUGUUGAGAUUGGAAAAUAAGAUGAUAAAGCUUAAGACUACAUUGAAAGGCCACUCAGGAAGUAUUGGAUCACUAGAGUGGGAUUUUGACAGACAGCAACUGUAUUCUGGAAGUUUUGAUGAUUCAGUCAUUGUAUGGGAUAUCGGUGGUGGGAAAGGAACCGCGCUUGAGCUACAUGGACAUCAUUCCAAAGUUGUCGGACUGGCUUGUGUAUCGCACUCAAAACGUCUCUUCUCGAUAAGUAACGAUGGAGUGUUAGGUAUUUGGAAUAUGGCUACGAAACGAAAAGAGACACCUGAAUGGGUGGACAGCGAUUUCUGUCAGUAUUGCAGAAGUCCAUUCUUCUGGGCAUUCAAACAAAUGUGGGACCAAAAACAAAUUGGCCUCAGACAGCACCACUGUAGGAGAUGUGGAAAAGCAGUGUGUGACAAAUGCAGUAAGAAACGAUCGACGUUGCCGAUAUUAGGCUUUGAAUACGAAGUACGCGUUUGUUUGACAUGUUUCGAAGAAAUAACUAACGAAGAACGUCGACCGUUAGCUCUUUUUCACAACACCAAACAACCAGUUAUUCACAUGAGUAUUGAUUUAACCAAAGGAAGACUUGUCACGUCCGGUAACGAUAGAAUUGUAAAGAUUUGGGAUGUAUCAUCGCUUAUAAAUCCAGUAAAGAAUUAAGAAAACGAUUACAAAAUGGUUUUUCUGCAGUUUGUAAUUGCUACAACCGUUAUCGACGUUUGGGGAUCCAUGAAACGGUAAAACGAAAACGUGACGUGUGAUUUCACCUACACUUGACAAGUUGCUGAAAUUAAUAAUCAAUGGUUUGAUGGCCUAGAAAAUGUCGAUUCUCAUUGAAAUUUAUCCUACACAAAGAGCUGAUAAUUAAUAGACAGAGACUUAUUUCAAACAGCAAUUAUAGAAGUAGUUAAAUAUGUUCAAGUCAUGCAAGUAAAGUUUUGAUAUUAAAUUACAAAUACUACAUCAUCAA